UACAGUCAGUUGAUCCAACUCUAUUUCACUCGAUGACACCAUCAUGGGAUGCUCAGGACUGUUGAUUUUGGGUCUCAUCCUAAAUGUUGCUCACUGCUUGGAAAUUCAGGAUUCGAGUGAAGAGCCAACCCUUGAGAUCACGCACAACGUCACUGCAGUCCUGGGAGAAAUGAUGUACCUGAGCUGUAGAUAUCUGGGCAACAGAGAGGUCGAGAAAGCCGAGUGGAAACGCAAGAUUAACUCUUAUUCUAAAUCCAAGGGGCUGGCAGGAUUUCAAAAUGGUCAGCCGUUCAGCCGAAGUGACUUGUCAGAGCCAGACUCUAUCACCAACCUCACAGUUAACAUGCGGGUGUCCAGUGUGGACGUGGAGGGAGAAUACAUCUGUGAGUUUGAAACAGAGAUGGAGGAUUUUUCUGACAGUGCAUUUGUCACUGUAGUAGCUCGUCCUGAUAUACAGAUCCUCGUCAAUGCAGAGACCAUAAACGGUACUCACUACCAGUCGGUGUCAUGCUCUGCCAUUGGCGGCAGGCCCACGCCUCAGAUCCGCUUGUUGGUCAAUGGCCUUCCUCCCUCAGAUUACCCCUUCACUGUGAGUGUGAGUAACACAGCUCACUCAAACGGCACGUCCACCCUGAGUAGCAUCCUCCGCUUCCCCACCUACCUGCAGGACGAGGACAGCGUGACCUGCGUCGUUCAACAUCCAACCCUCCCAAACCCCAAACACACCACAGUGAGGGUGGAAACUUAUGUGAGGCCAAAUGUGACCGUUAAAGCAGAGAUGGUACAACAAGGAGGAAAUGAGUUCUGGGUGGUCUCAUGCAUUUCAUCUGGAGGGAGACCUGACGCUGACAUCUCCUUGGCUUUGAACAUUGAUGAAGAGCUGCAGAGAGAAAACAACACGGACUCAGACAUGUCAAGAAGCUCAGUCUUCCUCCCUGCAACUGCAUACGAGGGCUAUAAUGUCACCUGUGUGUUUGACCACCCCAAAUUUACACACAGCGAGACACGAGUCCUAACACUGCCGUCUUUUUAUUUGUCUGGGGUUCACUUGGACUCGCAGCCGGGGCUCAACAGUGGCGACUUCCAAGGUGCUGAAGUUUUAGAGCUGCAGGAAGGACAGAGUGAAAUCGUUAUUGGCCUACAGGUCAUUGGGAAUGUGCCACGUUACAAUGUUACCUGCAAAAAAGAUGACGGGCCCUUGCCUGAGGGUUUGGAGCUGGUUGGCAGCAGCCUCAAAGUUCAGGGUCCUGUGGAGCCUCAGCACGCUGGCCUCUAUGAAUGUGUCUUCUCCUAUCACCACCUUAAAACAAUGCUGCAACUCAACAUCACAGUUCAAUCACAUGUCAUACAGCCUGUCCCUCCCACAAUCCGAGUUGAUUUGCAGACUAAAGAUGGACGCAGGGUGAUUGAGUGCUCAGCAGCUGAUGCUGUUCCUGCAGCCAACGUAUCCUGGCUUCUACCAGAGGGUGUGUCUGGAGUCUCUUGGUCCAAUUUCACUUCUCAUAAUGGAAGCCACUCUGUCAGGGGAGUUUUUCUCCUCCCUGCCUGCUCGCCCUGGGAGUUCACUGCAGAGUGUGUGAUAAAUCACCCAGCAUUUGAGGAGCCAGAGAACAGAAGCCUAACACUCCCUCUUUGCGCUCGCCCUAACGUCACCAUCAACUCCAGCACUGAGUGGAAAGAUGGUGAACAGUUCACAAAGGUGGACUGCUGUGCAGACAGUGUUGCCUCUGCAGCAGCUAUUACCUGGCAUGUUGGAAACAGUAACAACAGCAUCAUCAGUUAUCUGGCAGAGCCUGAAGUCCAGGCUGAUGGUUUGGUUUCAGCCCGUAGCUCUGUGAACUUCUUGUCCUCUUUGUAUGCUGGUCAGAAUUUGACCUGCAUGGUGAAGCAUUCGAGUUUGGAAGCACCAGAGAAAAGAACAAUACACAUUCCUGUGCACAAAGCCCCUCUGCUGAGUGUGUCUGUGAGACCGCAGAGAGACAGCAACACUCUCUGGCUGGCACUGUGUGAAUGCAGAGGGGAGGGUGUCGGGACGAACCUCGCCUGGGUUCUUCCUGAAAAGGCUAAAGGCCAGACAUCGCUGCACGUAGAGUAUGAAGGACGCGCCCAGAAAACCAGGCUGACAUAUCAGUUUCCUUUGGCCCUUCAUGAGGGCCAGGACCUGACCUGUGUGUACCAGUUUGAACAUGGGAUCAUGGAGAAGAGGACUGUUCAUGUACCCAGAUACUAUAUCUCUGCUGUGAGAGUCCUGAACCACACAACUACUCUGCAAAACCGCUACAGCGGUGAACCCGUCAUCCACAGACUAGCUCUCCAGGAAAAACAUCGCAACCAGAAGAUACUGCUCCAAGUCGAAGGCAAUGUACCACAGUAUGACCUCCUCUGUAAAAGGAGUGAUGGCUCAUUUGUCCACGUGGAAAGGCUUGAAAUCGUCUUCCAGUCGGAGCUCACAGAGCAGGAUGAAGGCCUGUACACCUGCUGGGCAUCCUUCUAUCACCACACGGCCAUGGUCAAGAUUCAAGUGGAAGUCAUGAGCGAGGACAAACAGUUUGUGCUGGUAGCCCUGAGCUGCAUCUCCUCGGCCGCAGCCAUUAUCGUCAUUCUCAUCGUCACUCUCUGGGUGUGCUGCACAAUAAAUCACAGGACACAAUAUAAGAAGAAGGAGUCUUUCUCAGCCUUGACAACUCUGAUGCAGGAGCCCGGCUCUCCUGAUUUCAAGAAGCCAGCUGUGACGGAAAAAGACAGUAAGGAAUACGCUCAACUGAUCAGUUACUCUAUAGUCAUUGAUGUGAAGAGCACGGUGUGAAGAUAAAGGGGCUUCGGGGGGCUUUACAUUGCGCACAAUCUAAUCAUGAAGGCUUACUGGCACCGCAGCACGAGUUAUGAUUUCUGUGACUGUAGCAUUUAAAGUGGAAGGAUCCACUGUUUAUGCUCUUGAACAUCAGUUGUUUUCAAAUUUUUACUUUUGAUUGAUUGGCAUUAAUGAUUUUAAAUGCAUUAUUUCUGCACUUUUUCACCUCACUUGAAUUUUGUUUUUAUGCAUAUUGUAUU